AAAAAAACGCCCCACUGAACGCACGCUUUCUUUUUUUUUCACUGAACGCAUGCGUUCUCUCCAGAGCCAAUGUCAAAAAAUGACGUAACGUAUCUGACUGAUAUAACCUUGACCAUAGUUUUGUAGUGAUGCAAUGUAAGGAUUUCUUUUAAAUAUUAUAUAAAUUACCUGCUAGUCCACAACUUAAUAAUUAGAAUUAUGGCAAGCUCUCGGCCAGCUUUCAAUUAUAAUGAUGAAUCUCAGGCAGAUAAAUUGGCCAGAAAGUCUAAGGAUUCCCCUUUCAUGAUUAUAGGUAUCUUAGGACUGAUUGGAGUUUGUGGAGUGGGGGCUUAUAAAUUCAAAACUCGAGGUAAAAUGAGUACAAGCGUAUUUCUCAUGCAGUUGCGUGUGGCUGCCCAGGGGACUGUGGUUUCUUGUCUGACCAUAGGUGUGGCAUACACAUUAGCCAAGCAGCAUCUAUUUAAGGAUACUAAAAAAGACGAAUAAUUAAAUCAUUUCAACUUUCCUUGUUAGUAGCCAUGACUAUUCUUGAAAACAGUUUUAGUAUAAAAUGGUAUUUUAUACCUACAGUAUAUUAAAAUUAAACAACAGCACAAACCAAAAACAAGUCAUUAUUUUCAUACUAGGCAACUACAUAAUAUGAAACAAAAAAUGAAAGCUAAUGUGCUAUGCUAUCUUUAAAUGAAUACACCUGUUAAUCUAGUGUUUAGAUCUGAAAUAGUAGUAUGUACAAGAAUAAUUCGCUUGUAAUUAAGAUGUUGUUAUAUUAUUUUAGACAUUGAUUAGGUAAUAAAUAAGUGAGAUGUGGCAAUCUUGCCAAAUUUCCUAUAAAAUGUUCACACAUUAUUUUUUGUCUAUAAACCCCCUAGUGCAGCUUGGCCACAUAUCAAAUAUGUAAUUCUAUAAUGAAAACUGUAAUAGUAAUGUUAUUACUUUAUUUAAUCAUUUAUAAAAUUGCAUAACACAUUUAAAGAUGAAUACUCGUAAUUAGUCAUAAGGUCAUAACACUUAUAACAUCAAGGAGGGGCUGGUGGGGAAAUAAUAUAAUACCUAUAAAAUGGGGUUGUCAAAGUUUUUCAUUGAUGGUGCCAUCAUAGGAUUAUUGCUCCUGUACCAAACUUCCUUCAAUGAGAUUUUCAUUUGAAUGGCUGCUUCCAAAACAAAAAUUUUUUUUGAGCCAAUUUAAGGGAUUGACAGCUGCUGCUGCUAUGCUGGCGUUAUGUGGUGACUGCUUUGAUCCAACCCCAUUGUCCAUGCAAUUUAUAAACAAAUACUUAAACUAUAUGAAUAGGUCUCUUUAGAUAUGUUUUGUAUUUUUUUUCUAUAUCUAUUAUUUACUAGAGGCUACCCCCACGUGAGCUCACCUUUUACAAAUAAAACUAAAUUUAUCUGAGUUAUACUGGUUGUGGCCAGUAACAGGAGUGAAUAAUUAAAACGUAUGUUAACGAUAGUCCUCAAAUGUAGGUAUACAAUAAACAUAUAUAUAUAUAAAUAAAUAUUGAUUUGCACUGUUCCAUUGAAGUGUAAUUACUCUUAACACUAAUAAUUACUAUUUACAAUUGACUGACACUAUUUAAAUAUUACAAAAUUGCAACUAAUAAACUGACAAAGGUUGUUUAAAUAAAUAGUAAAGUAAUUUUUAAAAGUUGCUGAACCAAUGUUGGUCAGAUUGAGGAGUAUCAUACAGUUUGGUUGAAUGCACCAGUUGUAGGCCACAUCCGGUAUGUAGUUUUGCAUGUGGAACGGGCUUCACACGUUCUGUAGUGCAAUGUACUAUCAGCUGCAAAAGUGCAUGGAGAAAUUAUGAAGGCAUUCAUUGAUAAAUUCGCCAUGCACUUUUGCAGCUGAUAGUACCUAGCUAUUGGUUCCGAUGUUUUUAAACAAAUCUCACAAACAAAACAAUGUUAAUGUGUAUAAUAUUAACUGUGAUGAUAAUGACGAUCUAGAUUAUAGUUAAUACUUAAUUAGUGAUCUUAUUUUCUAUUAAGAUUUGCAGCUUAAUUUGAAAUGGGUCUAUGUGAUUAAAAACUAGUCUUUUAGAUUAUAAGUAAAAAUGUUAGUCACUAAUAAAUUAAACAAUCACGUUAUUGCAGAUGUCAUGAUUCAUGAUCGUUUCAUUUAUUAAACCAGUCAGCUCAAACCAGCUAGACUCAGACCAAGCUACGUUGGCAACGAUUUUGAUAGCCUUGCCUGUGUAAACGUCAUAGUCAUAAUUUCAUAUAAGUUUGCAUUUUUAAUUAUCUGCACGUCCAUAGGCACUAUUGCGUUUGUAGCUGCAGGGAGGCGGCGCGGCGCGAGGCUUAUCGGGUGUUCGUGUUUGUGUGCAACAUUGCGACCGCACGCAGCUCGCAGUCGUACGCGGACUGGACGUAAACGGCGCGCAAUUCAAGGUCAUUUAAUAUCCCGGCUUGUGCCGUUUAUUCUGUGGUCUGGUGUUUCUCGUAAAGCUGUUAAAACAUGACCGUACGAGGACCGUAUCGCACUAAGGUCAUCGGCGGUGCCCAUCUUACAGGUGCGGUGUGGUCGUGUGUAGGCAACUCUCCGCAAAAAAAUAAUGCAGAGUGAACGAAAGGUAACCAAAAGGUAUAUUGGCCCCUUGAUUAAUGUCUGUAAAAAUAACUUAUUUUGAGCCAGAACAAGUUUGAUGUCACCCUUAACUUAUAAAUGAAACAAUAGAUUUGAUGAACCAAAUAA